CAAAUCAGAAAUUAUAUGAAACUUUACCGUCUAAUCCAAAAUCCCAAUUCCUAACCUAAAUUCCCUAUUAUCAAACGCACUCUAGAUGUGAUCAACCUUACCAUCUUUCAUCGUCCACCACCAACACCAACACUAACACCAACACCAACACCAACACCAACACCAACCCCCUUUCUCUUCCUCUCUUGAGAGAAAUUGGCGAUAGAGAGAGAAAGAGACACAAAGCGACGCCCUUUUCACUGUAACAUGAAAAAACUCCAUCCUUUAGAGAGAUAGAGAAGAGAAGUAGAAUAAUCUCAGAUCCUUUAAAGGGGUUUUUCUGUUCCAAAACCCCACCCCCUUUUCUCCUUCUAAUUAACUCAAAAACCCUCUAGGGUUUCAAUUGGUUACCUAGAAAUGAGUUUUAAUUUUUAAAACUUCAAAAUUUGUGAAUCUGCAAUCAAAUCGAACUGAGACAAAGUUUGAUGAUGGACGGAAGAAGAAUAUCAGCGAGUCCUCGACCAUGUAAACUUCGUCGGGUCAUAGCCAGGAAACGCCCUCGUGGAUGUGUUGAUGGGUUUGUAAACAGCUUUAGGAAACUUCAAAGGAGAGAAAUUUGCUCUAAAAGGGGUCGCGCUUUUAGUAUGACCGAUGCUCAAGAACGUUUUCGUCAUAUUCGCUUGCAGGAAGAGUUUGAUACACAUGAUCCUAAAGAACAUUGCCCAACAAUAUUGCCUUUCCUUAGGAAGAGGUCGAAAAUCAUAGAACUUGUUGCAGCACAUGACAUUGUCUUUGCUCUUGCUCAGUCGGGCAUUUGUGCUGCAUUUAGUCGAGAAAGUAACCAGAGAAUAUGCUUUCUGAAUGUCAGUCCAGAUGAAGUCAUAAGAAGUUUAUUCUACAAUAAAAAUAAUGAUUCCCUUAUCACAGUUUCUGUAUAUGCUUCUGAUAAUUUCAGUUCGUUGAAAUGCAGAACGACAAGGAUUGAAUACAUAAAGAGAGGAAAACCAGAUGCUGGGUUUGCUCUUUUUGAGUCUGAGUCACUGAAGUGGCCUGGUUUUGUAGAGUUUGAUGAUGUAAAUGGAAAGGUUCUCACGUAUUCUGCUCAGGACAGUGUUUACAAGGUAUUUGAUUUGAAGAACUAUACAAUGUUGUAUUGUAUUUCUGACAAAAAUGUUCAAGAGAUUAAGAUCAGCCCCGGAAUCAUGCUACUGAUAUUUACCAAAAGCACCGGCCAUGUCCCAUUGAAAAUACUAUCAAUCGAAGAUGGUACUGUUCUGAAAUCAUUCAAUCACCUCAUCCAUCGUAAUAAAAAGGUGGACUUCAUUGAGCAAUUCAAUGAAAAGCUUCUUGUCAAGCAAGAAAAUGAGAAUCUUCAGAUUCUUGAUGUUCGCAACUCAGAGCUAACAGAAGUUAGUAAAAGUGACUUUAUGACCCCAUCUGCAUUUAUUUUUCUUUACGAGAACCAAUUAUUCUUGACUUUUAGAAAUAGAACAGUGGCUGUGUGGAACUUCCGUGGUGAGUUAGUCACUUCCUUCGAGGACCAUCUCUUGUGGCAUCCAGACUGCAACACCAACAACAUAUAUAUCACUAGUGAUCAAGAUCUUAUUAUUUCUUACUGCAAAGCUGAUUCUGAUGAUCCCCUGUCCGAAGGAAAUGCUGGUUCAAUUAAUGUGAGUAACAUCUUGACUGGAAAAUGUCUUGCAAAAAUAAAAGCAGAUAACUGCUCAAAUUUGGAAGAUGAUUGCAGUUGUAGCAGUAGGUCUUUAAAGAAGCGAAUCAAAGCUUCAAGAAUUACAAGCACGCCUGCAGAAGCUUUGGAAGACAUCACCGCUCUUUUCUACGAUGAAGAGCGCAAUGAGAUAUAUACUGGAAACAGGCAUGGCCUUGUUCAUGUAUGGUCAAACUAAGGCUAUGUUUGGAUAAAAGGAAAUAGAGGGAAAGAAAAGGGAGGGAUUUGUAGGGAAGAGAGGUAUCUUGUUUGGAUCAUAAAAUGGGAGGCAUUUCCAAAGUUGAAAGAUUUAAAGGGAAAACGGUCAUUUCUCUACCUUUCCCUUCCCUUCCCUUCCCCCUAAACAAAUAAGAGGUAUUUACCUUCCUUUUCCUUCCCUCCCUUUCCUUUCGUUUUCUUUCUUUUCUCUCCAAAGUUGUUAUCCAAACAUAGUGUAAGCGUUGUAUCUUCUUACCCCAUUAAUUUGUUCGCCUCCAAAUUUGGAAGGUUGUUCUUUGGGUACCUCGAUCAUGUGUCAAUUUUAAUGUAUCCCUAUACUUUUACCAUUAGAGUGAUUCUACCAUUGCUUUACCUUUUUAUCCCUUUUUAUUUUAUUUAAUUUUAUUUGAUUUUUCGAGUGGCCUACCUCUUGUGCUUCUACUCGAAGUCUCGAAGCAUCUAGAUAUAAUGUAAGCUCGUCUAAUCUAAUUGUGAUUGUAACUAAUUGUUCAAGUUGUGUAAUGAAAUUGAAGCAUUAUUUUGCCUGCCCUGGCAAUUAUAUUUGUUAUUGUGAACGGCAAACGGAAUCUAUGUAAAGCAUAUCCGGAUAUCCCAAAUACAUCAUACCACACUCUUUAGAAAAAUUGAAUAGAAUAAACUCCGUUUUUUAAAAAAAUCUCAAAAUAAAAUUCGGAAAAUUUUAAUUUUAAGUGUAUGUCUGAGUCUAAGAUUAUUUUAUUUGCUGUUACUAAUAGCAAAUAAAAGAAAAAAAUUUUACUUUCUUUACCAUUACUAGCAGCGAACAAAGGAAGAUAAUAUUCUAAUGUUUAAAGCAAAAAAAUUAACAAAAGAUAAUUUGUUGUUGAUAACAGUAUACAACAUGUAAUUAUUUGGCCAUGUCAAUCAUAUGAAUCA